AUGUCCAAAACUUCAAAUAAGGAAUCAAUAAAUUCGAAACCAGUAACAUGUACAGAUGGUGUAUUUUCAACGACAAAAAAUUCGAUAACGUAUGAAUACAAUACAUGUCAAGGUAUUGAUGAAUGUGAUAUUCAAAAAUUAUCGUGUCGAACCAAAGAUCAAGAUUUGAAGAAACUGUUCAAAUCAACAUUAUUUAUUGGUUCUGAUGGUUCAUCAGUUGUUGAUUGCAAAUUGCCGAGAAAAACUGGAUUGAAAAAAGUCUUUUUGAUUUACAAAAAACAAAAAGGCAAAUAUUAUAUUGUUUAUGGUCGAGCAACACAAACGAAAGGAACUCAUUGGGGAAGAGUUGGUAUUUUCACAGGAAUUGGUGCUUUUACUGGAGGAGCAAUCAGUGGAACACUUCUCUUCAUUCCAGGUAUUAACAUAGCAGUAGCUCCGUUUAUUUUAGGAGGAGUUCUUAUUGGUUUAAGUGUUGGUGGUGUCAGUGCUCGUGCAACAAUUAAAACUAAACAACAAAUUCAUUUCAAUGAUGUUAUGCGACAUAUCAAAGACGAAAUAGCAAAUGGAAAACAUUCACAAUUGAUUAAUCUUUAA